UGAAGGAGGCUAACAUGUGUUCCGUGUUGCAGGGGUCCUCAGGACACGUGUUUUGAAGGCGGCGUGUUCCCGGCCGUGCUCAGCUUCCCGUCCGAUUACCCUCUGAGUCCUCCGAAGAUGAGGUUCACCUGCGACAUGUUCCACCCCAACAUCUAUCCUGACGGUCGGGUGUGCAUCUCCAUCCUUCACGCUCCGGGUGACGACCCGAUGGGCUACGAGAGCAGCGCCGAGAGGUGGAGUCCGGUCCAGAGUGUGGAGAAGAUCCUGCUGUCUGUGGUUAGCAUGUUAGCAGAGCCCAACGAUGAGAGCGGGGCAAACGUCGACGCCUCUAAAAUGUGGCGGGAGGAUCGAGAGCAGUUUUACAAACUCGCCCAGAAGAUCGUUCGUAAGUCGCUGAGCCUUUAAGAUGAUGAUGUCAUCACCCGCGAUGGCGCCCGGCUCUGUGUGAGCUCUGAUGAGUUCAGGGACAUUUUUCUUUUUCCGCCUCCUCGCUUCACAGCAUCGAUUGAGCGUCUGUCGACUGAAAGAAGUUGUGAGCAUCCUCGUCACCAUGGAAACCACAAACUGACACACACACACACACACACACACACACACAGAGCUGACGGACAGAUCAAUAACUGAUGGAUGGACGACUGGAGGAAGUUUUUGAUUGGCUGACACGUGUCGUGAUCAUUCUUGCAGUGACAUCAUCUUCACCUGGACCAUUUCACACCGACAGUAGCAGCGUCAGCCAAUCAGACACGUCCAUUCUCAGGUGACAGGUGUCAUAAACACAGGUCACCAUGACGACAAUCAACAGCAAUAAUGAAUAAUUAAUGAUCGAACAUUUGAAUAUUUAAAUAAAAUCAGUAAACGUUCACGCAUCAUCAACAGGAAGAACACUUCAGGUUUUCACAAUAAAGGUCUUAUUAAAUGAUGAAAUGAAGUCACAUGAUCAUGUGACCCUUCGAAGUCAUAAAAAUGCUAAAUGCUAACUGGCUAACUAAUCAGCAGUUAGCUAGCUAGUUAGCCACUGUUUUGCUAACUUUAGAUGUGUUAGACAAGCUAACACGUAGCUAACACGUAGCAUAUUAAAGUACAGGAAAGAGGGAAGUCGCGUUUUGUUGAACUGUGAUUGGAGCGCAGGGAUAAAGGGGCGGGGCUUAUGAAGGGUCAUUUGAUCUUGUAGCGUUUUGCUAACGAAUGUGACGUUGAUUUUUCUCGUGUUUAAACUUUGAUUUCCAGAGUUUGUGCUGUUGUCGGCGUGAACUCGUCUCCUGUCAUGUGCUCGUGUUCAGGUAGAUCGAGCUCGUCGCCUCUCAGUUGGACUUUUUGCACUUUAUUUCUUCACAGAGACGAUCGAGACGAUUUUAGUUUGUUUCUUUAAUUUGACUUUAAUUUGAAAAUACUGAAAAUAAACUGAGUGAAAAAAGCUG